GAAUAGCGAGAGAAUGAAGAUGGCCGAGUCUGGUUACGUUUUUUUGGUCGUGGGAAUUCUUCUGCUCAACAUUGCAGGGCUUGCAACCGGAGAUGAUGAAUGGCAUGCUGCCCAUGCAACAUUUUAUGGCGAUAUGACUGGCAGUGAAACCAUGCAGGGCGCUUGCGGGUAUGGUGAUCUAUUCAAGCAGGGUUAUGGCCUAGAGACGACGGCAUUGAGCACUGCCCUCUUCCAAGAUGGCAAGACUUGUGGAGCCUGUUUUGUGAUCAGGUGCGAUUUCAAGAACACCAAGUCAUGCUUGGCUGCAACUAUCAAAGUCACGGCUACCAAUUUCUGCCCUCCAAACUACAGCAAACCUGAUGUUCAACACUGGUGUAACCCACCACUAAGACAUUUUGAUCUCUCCAUGCCCAUGUUUCUGAAAAUUGCUCAGUAUAAAGCAGGCAUUGUUCCUAUCCGUUACCACAGGGUUCCAUGCUUUAAGACUGGAGGCAUUAAAUUCGAGAUGAAUGGAAACCCUUAUUGGAUACUUGUUCUUGUUUACAAUGUUGCUGGUGCUGGAGAUAUUAUAGAUGUGAAGGUUAAAGGAUCUAACACUGGAUGGGGAGAAAUGAAACGAAUUUGGGGCCAAAACUGGUUAACGAAUUUUCGUUUGCAAGGGCAAAGCUUGUCAUUUCAAGUGACUACUAGUGAUGGUAGGAUGGUUCAAUCCAACAAUGUUGCACCGGCUAAUUGGCAAUUUGGUCAGACUUUUGAAGGAAAACAGUUCACUUGAGAGACCUUUGAAGGA